UUUGAAAGUUGUGAAGUAGCUCAAAGCUUUGUCCGUUCAUAAUUCCGUCGUAUCGAAGUAUGAGUUGUUUAGGACCGUAUAGACACUGUAGCCAACGCAUCCAAGUACAUGAGUAUCCGCUUUUCCACAGUAGGUUUGGAAUCGAAAAGCAAUCCAAACAUGCCUCUGCUAGAAAAAGCCGACGACUGUGAUUUAACCAGUCAAAACCCAGUUUCUACAAUUAAUCAACCAACUAAAACUCAAUUUAAUCCGUAAUGAUAAUGUAGCUGCUAGUUGCAGGUUCAGAGCAAACCCAGCAACACAGUUUCAGCCGCCGUCCCCGCCAGCACAAAAACUACCAAUGUUGCCAACGGGUGUUCAGCAACCGGUGUCAUUUACAGAGUUGGUCGAAAUUUAUAGGUACUAUCGAUCCGGACUGCAAUCGGAACUCCUUGAAGGCGUCGCCGUUCCCAUAAAUCCCAUUAACAACAACCCCGUCGAUGAUCAAGGUGGUCAUCCACAGUCUAUUCCGUCUCCUGCGCCGUCCGAUCUCGAUCCUGAAAUAGUUGAUUUGAUUCGGACACUCGAUCCCGCCGUGAUCGAAUGGAUUAGGAAUCCCGACCCUGCCUUCCUCGAUGAGAUUCGGAAGAGUCGGGAAUUGAGGUUGAAGGAAAAGGAGGAAAAAGAAGAAGGCAAGGAGAGAGAGACUCAAGAGGAAACUGAGAAGGAGAGAGAGAGCGAAAAGAGCGAAAGCGGCAGCGGGGGAGGAGGGAAUGAGAACGGUGGUGAGGUGGUGAAGGAGGUUGUUGAGCAGAGUAGCACAAGUAAGCGCUCUCGGAGAAGGAAAAAAAGGCUGAUGAAGGUGUCCGAGGACAAGGCAAUGCAGGGGGAAGAGUUGGCAGAGAAGCAAGACCAGACCGAAAGCAAGCAGGAAAUGUUUGUUGGUGACUUUGUGUUGAAGGUGUCUAAGGACAAGGCAAAGCCGAGGGAAGAGUUGGCAGAAAAGCAAGACCAGACUGAAAGCAAGGAGGUGUCUAAGGACAAGGCAAAGCAGCGGGAAGAGUUGGUGGAGAAGCAAGUCCAGACCGAAAGCAAGAAGAAGGUGUCAAAGGACAAGGCAAAGCAGAGGGAAGAGUUGUCAGUGAAGCAAGACCAGACCGAAAGCAAGAAGGUGUCUAAGGAGAAAGCAAAGCAGAGGGAAGAGUUUGCAGAGAAGCAAGACCAGACCGAAAUCAAGGUGUCUAAGGACAAGGCAAAGCAGACGGAAGAGUUGGCAGAGAAGCAAGACCAGACCGAAAGCAAGAAGAAGCUGUCCAAGGACAAGGCAAAGCAGAAGGAAGAGUUGGCAGAGAGGCAAGACCAGACCGAAAGCAAGAUGAAGGUGUCUAAGGACAAGGCAAAGCAAAGGGAAGAGUUGGCAGAGAAGCAAGACCAGACUGAAAGCAAGAAGGUGUCUAAGGACGAGGCAAAGCAGAGGGGAGAGUUGGCAGAGAAGCAAGGCCAGACCAAAAACAAGAAGGUGUCUAAGGACAAGGCAAAGCAAAGGGGAGAGUUGGCAGAGAAGCAAGGCCAGACCAAAAACAAGAAGGUGUCUAAGGACAAGGCAAAGCAGCGGGAAGAGUUGGUAGAGAAGCAAGUCCAGACCGAAAGCAAGAAGAAGGUGUCUAAGGACAAGGCAAAGCAGAGGGAAGAGUUGGCAGUGAAGCAAGACCAGACCGAAAGCAAGACGAAGGUGUCUAAGGACAAGGCAAAGCAGAGGGAAGAGUUGGCAGAGAAGCAAGACCAGACCAAAAGCAAGAAGAAGGUGUCUAAGGACAAGGCAAAGCAGAGGGAAGAUUUGGCAGAGAAGCAAGACCAGACCGAAAGCAAGGUGUGUAACUGCAUCGAUGAUCAAAGUGAUCAUCCGCUGUUUAGUCAGUCUCCUUUGCCAUCCGAUCUCAAUCCUGAAAUCCUUGAAUGGAUUCAGGGACCUGACCCCACUGAGCUCGAUAGGACCUAUGCCAUCUUCGAUAAAUUUCAGCAAUUCGACCCCGCCUUUGAGAAUUGGAACUUCAAUCCUGCCAUCGUUGACGAGAUUUGGGAGUUGAGUUUGAAGGAAUGGGAGAAAAAAGAAGAAGAAGAGAAGGAGAGAGAGUCUGAAAAGGAAAAUGAGAUGGAGAGAGAGGGCAAAAGCAGCGGCAUUAGAGGAGGGAAUCAGAAUGGUGGUGACGUGGAGAACGAGGUUGUUGCGGAGAGUAGCAGAAGGAAUCAGUACCCAUUGAGGCCGAAAGCUGGAGACUGUUUGUUGUAUCUGAAGACUGGCAGUUGUAAGUUUGGAUCGAAUUGCAAGUUUAAUCACCCUCGGGGAAGGAAAAACAAGCAGGUGUGUAAGCACAAAGCAAAACAGAGGGUAGAGUUGGAAGAGAAGCAAGACCAGACCCAAAGCAAGAUAUAUAAGAAGAAGGUGUCUAAGAACAAGGCAAAGCAGAAGGAAGAGUUGGCAGAGAAGCAAGACCGGACUGAAAGCAAGCAUUGCCCAGGACGACGUAAAGGGGAACCCUCUGUAGCUCCAGCUCUGGAACUUAACUUUUUGGGCCUGCCAAUUCGUCCGGGGAAGAAAGAUUGUUGGCACUAUAUGCGAAAUGGCACUUGCAAGCAUGAAAACAACUGCUUGUUUAAUCACCCUGAUCCUACACCUGCAGAAGAAUCUCACCCACAAUCCGCUUAUGAAUCUCAUGGGAUUCAUUCCGAAACUACAGAAUUCAUCACUCCGAGCUGGGACUGAUGCUACAAUUCCGCAACAGCCUGAGUUAUAAGUUUUGCAUGAAACGCCAGCUAGAGCAGUGAAUCGUUUUGUUAUUUUUAACUUGGAAAUGUGUCAAACCUUGUCACCCGGCUGCCAGCGGUCUUUCGGAUGUAAGAACUUAAUUGAAGCCGGAAAAUGUAAAUUAUUUCGUAUUUGAUGUGAUUUGACUAGAAAAUACAGGUUAAAUUUGGGGAGUAUACUCUCAACUUUGCUUUGUGGUUA